AUGGUUGACCAUGACCUUCUGUUCAGCAAUCCCCUCUGGGGAGGUGCCAGCACCAUCCCGUCCACCAUCAUCAAGAACAUCACCGCUCUGUCGGGCCAGAUAGCAUAUUCUGCUCACAUCACCGAGAAUAUGACCAUACUAAGUCACAAGUAUGCUCAGACCGACAACGGCAUCAUCCAAGGCCUUCUCUACGUCCCGGACCUCGAGACAAACGACCCGUGCAACGCCCUUUCCAAGGCGUACAUUCCCUCCAAAGUCACUCGGCGAGCCGACCUCCCGCCGACAAACUACAAUCUCAUCGCCAUCGCUCCUUGGAUAAAUCCCAAUUGCACCCAGUCCUACCUUGCUUCCGCCCGCGUCGAUCCCCUGCGCGGUUUUAUCUUAUACCAUCCCGAUAACAACACCGACAAGCCCCCAGGCGCCAACUCCGAGGAGUGGGAUCUUGGCGAUGGAGGCAGCUGGAAGGUGACAAACCGCUAUCCAAUAUACGCCGUGUCGGGAGUAGUCGGUGCUGAGAUGAUGCAACAACUGCACGAAUACUCUGGCAACGUGAGCCAGGUCCCGUUUGGAAGCAAUAUCACCGCUCUGUAUGACCCUGAUCCCAUGGAUUAUGUGCGAAUAUGGACCGAAAUCAGAGUCUCUACUCCAGACGGGCUGCCGACUAUGUGGAUCUUCAUCCUUGCGGUCAUUGGCGUCCUCAUCUUCGUUGUCGCCGGGACGUCAAUGCUCAUGCACUACAUCACAAACGGCAUGGUGCGCCGUGAGCGAGCCAUGCGGAAACUCCGCGACCGUAUCGUCGUAGAAGACUCCGAUGGCGAGAGUACUCAUGGUCGGAUACACACUUGGAGCACCACUGUAAAAAAGAAGAUAUUCCGACCCAGCACGCGCAGUCUGCCCAUCGCCGCGCAAGAGCGGGAACUCCGGUCCCGACAGUCGCGUCCCCUUAGUGUGACGGAUGAGACGCGCCUACGAAUGCGUGCUCUUGCCGGAGGAGGGGAGUCGGACGAUGGGCGGAGCAGCUCGAAUGGACGGCCAAGGUGGAAGAGAAUCGCAAUUUCUGUUUUCCCCGGCUUCCGAUGA